GGUAAGCGUACUACUUAUCGCGUGUUUGAUUUCGUGUCGAGUUCGCUCUAUUGUAGUAGCAUCGCGGUAUUUUUAUCUUUUCUGUUUCGUAUUUUUCCGUCGUUUAUUGGAUACCUAGCGACUUGAUCGUAUUGUGUAGUAUACGACAUCCAAGUGACAUUUUGUUGUUUGACUAUAAAAUUGCCGGGCACCGUUCUGUCCUCGAGCUAUACUUUUGCACUCAGUGGUGGUGUGGUGCAUAUUGCUCAAGAAACGAGCGGCGUUUAUUGUGUUGGAACGGUACGUUUCAAAGUUUUUUGGAAGAAAAUAUUCUCCUACGAAGGCUGACGCAAACGCGCAUGGUUACGAAGUGUAUUUGUGAUGUUAGAAUACCGUCACGAUUUGUGUAAUAAUUUCACGUGAAGCAGAACCAAUUAGCUAAUGAAUGAUCAUUUGAUGGAUUCGUGUUGAUGUGAUGUGUUUUAAUUCAUUUGCCUCUAUGUACUUCCUCGAAGAUUCAAUAUAGUUCUGCUAGCAAAGGCAAAAAUAUCUUAGAAAAAAGUGCAGUGAUUCAUGAAGUUUAAAAAACCCGUUCAUAUCUAGCUGUAGUAAACAGCUUGCUCAAAAGGCUUCUGGAGCCAACAUUGCAUAAAAAGUGCUCGCGAAGAAGCAUACCUGUAUAGAAUUGCCUGUUUACUGCGUGUGCAGUUGUGGUUUUCGUAUGAAGAAGAAGUUCAACCACUCACACCAACUUGAAAGUUCGAUUCCGCCGCCUAACUAGCAGCUUUGCAAAAGUUGAAGAGAAGCCCAUAAUUAGAGGAGUACGAUCGUCGACGAGGGCUAACCAGUGAAAGAUACCCAACCGUGCCCAGUAAGUACGAUCACAGCCGAAACGUACAACACAAAUACACGCAGCCGUUUCGGUGUGAUUGACUUGGAAGCAGCAGCAAGCGAGCGGAAAAGUUGAAAAUCAACUUUUGCAGACCCCAAAGACCCGAGUCAAGCAAUUGAAAGCAGCAGAAACAGAGAGACUUGGCCUGGCCAUUUCUUAUUUGAAAUUCUUCUUCAUACACCGUUAGCAUAGAUCAAGAUUCCACUACCGGGAUGAUGGCCCCAUCCCCUUCCAAGAGUACGAAAACACAACAUCCGUCGUUUAUAAUAACAGCGGACUCGGUUGAUUCGAGUCCUGUGCCGUCCAGUCCGCCCAGCACGGACGCCCCCAAAUCGCAAUGCUCCUCGUUGUCAGACGGCGAAUCUUUCGAGUGCUACGGAGAAAACGACAUUUCGAUCUCUGGAAAUGGAGGAGUCGACCUAGAACUGGCCCCGACGCUGAACUCCACCGCUAUUGGAGAAAACAACAACACCACCACCAACAACAACAACAACAACACAACUGGCAUUACCAGACACACAUGGAGCCGCAUGAGCUUACGCGGUGCGCCUAAAAGCAACAAUAACGAUAACCUGCCAAACAGACGCUGGGGAUCGAUGAGACAUUCUGGAAAAAGACAGCUAGGAUCCAAUGCCUUAGCUAAUCACCUCUACAGAUCGUCGAGUUUUAACUCGUCCGGCCGGAGCUCAAACUGUGAUACAGCGGAAGAUAUGUAUAGCGAUGUAAGUUUGGAGGACGUGCAAGACUUAAACCAUAAGCUAGAGAUACUACAACGACAAGUGACGAACCUGGCGGACACUCAGAACAAUGUUGAAGAUCGCACCAGCCGGACGAAGGCGGAGUAUGCCGUACUGCAGGCCCGCUAUCACAUGCUGGAAGAACAGCUGAGAGAGACCGAACUGCGAGCAGAAGAGCGCCUCGCGGAGGAACAAAAACGACACCGGGAACUGUUGGCCCGUGUCGAGCGGGAAGCGAAGCUGCAGAACGAAAAUUGCCAGAUCCGGAUACGAACGAUCGAGCUGGAAGCCAACCAGCUGCGGGAGGAAAUUUCACGGUUGAGGUUACAAUGCGACAAACAAGCCGCAGAUCUACACGCCACCGAAGACAAACUGGAAAAGACGCGGGAUAGUCUGAUGGUGUCCCAACAGGAUCUCGCCGAAGCAAAAGCCAAUGAGAAGAAACACAAAGCUGACAAGCAGGCUGCCGAAGACCUGAUGGUCGAACUGGGCAAAGAGUGCGAGCGGCUGCGUUCAGAACGUGGUCCCGCAUUGCCAACCACCUCACCCGAAUCUCUUCGGCUAGAGGAACUGCACCAGGAAAUGGAUGAACUGCGGCAGAAGAAUAAACAACUGGAAGAGGUAAACGAAGAACUACAGGCAGUGGUUUUGACGAAAGGCGUUGAAGAGGGACGAAACCUGCUGAAUGGAACAUCUAACAGUCUCGCACAGGAACUGGAAGCUAUGAGCCAAAAUCAGGAUACCGUCGAUUCGACCACAUUAGCGUCAUUAACACAGCUCCAGAUCGCAUACCAAGACAAGGAGGAAGAAAACCGUCGACUGAAGCACUACAUCGAGACAAUGCUGCUUCAGGUGGUCGAGCACUAUCCCCAACUUUUGGAGGUCAAGGCGGCAUGAAGGAAGCGGCGAUAAAAAACGGUUCGGAGACCUGCGGAAACGACGUUUCAACGCCGAUGCGGAGCGUGAUAUCGAGUUAAUGUCGAACAAAUGCAACAAAUCAAGCAGUUUUUAAUGAAACACAUCCCAUCCAUAUACUGUAACUUCCUGGGAGUCCUUUGACCGUGGGCCGUGUUUUAAUUAUUAGAAAAAAAGGAUUGAUGUUUUCUGCGCUGGUAAUUAUCACUUCGAACUCUAUUGUCAGCGUAGAAUUUAUGAACAGUGUCAAACUGAUUUGCGAGAAACACGUUUGCGUAUUUAAAUUAUCGAUAGGUUUGUUAAUUGGCGAGUUUAGGAGACAUCUUACGAGCAAUAUAUUUUAUAUGUAUUUAGAUCUUAGGAACUAAACACACUUUAGCGAGUAGAUUCUAUUCGUGUUUAGGUUGAAGGAAAUAUCUUUUUAUAUUUGUAUUUUUAUAUGAAUUAAUAUUUUCUUUUACCCCUUUCAAAACAAGUGUUUUAUCAAUUUACAGUAGCUAGACUGUAUGUGUUCGGUGUAUAAAAGAAGAGAAUAGUUUGCCACCCGACAACUUUACAAUCAGUUGAUAAAACUAAAACGCUCUGUCUUGAGCAAAUUGUUUUCCAAAUGCUAUUCUAUUUACCCACAUGCGAUGCUCAAAUCAAAUUAAUUGCGUAGCAGUUUAUGCAGUGAUAAGAACCAGAAGCCUUUACCGCAAUUUCUCCAUAAUUCCAGUUUUGAAGCAUACCCAAUGACUGUAAAGAAUCGUGACACUGGUGCUUAAAGUGAACCUUAUAAUGUAACAAACUUCCGGUCGCCAAGUUGAGUUUAUGUUUUGCAUAUCCUACUUCAGAAGAUGUGCUAAUUUUCUCAAGACGAUGUUUUGUAAAUAGUUCUUCACCAUGAAGCAAUAAUUUCCCUGUUUAGUUAGGCCAAAUUCUAUAACCUAUUAUCAAUAAAGUAUCAAAACAAGCUGUGUGAAGUAUUGUUCUCCUUCCUUUAGGUUGGAAGUAACAUAAGCCUUAGUUGAUGAUUUGCUAUUCACAAUCGAAUGCGUGAAAUUAAAUAAAUUACAGAAUUGUAUACUGUUUUAUACACUGACAAAUAACAAACUUGGAAACAAUUAGGAAAAAGCAACAAACGAAACUGAAGCAUUAAUAUAUUAUUUGUCCGCACUAGUGCUGACUGUGUAAGAUGAAAUAAUGAGGUCGCUAAAGUAAUUGAAACAAUUUUAAAUUGGAUGCCAAAAUAGCGUUCUACUACUAAACACUAUUGUAUUAGUUAAGAUAAAAGAAGAAAUAAAUAUCGACUAAAACA